AUGGCAAAGAGACCUAGAAGUACUGGCCGUACAAAAAAGCAGUCUAAGAGAAGAGCUUUCUCUGCUUUGGAAAUCGCGAGAAGAGAACUUGAAGGUGAUGAUAGUUCAUCAGAUAAUGAAACCGGAAAACACGGUGCCAUUCUAAAUGCUAGGAAAAAAGAGGAUGCAGAUUCUGGUGAGGAUAGUUUCGAAGAUGAAGAACUAGACUCUGAUGAGGCUCUAGGAUCCGAUGAUGAUUACGAUGUUUUAAGUUCCAAAUUCUCACAGACCAUCAGAGACCAAAAAAAGGCAAAGAAGAAUGUCCCUAAGUACUACGAUUCAGAAGAAGACGAUGGUGGAUAUACUUCUAUAGAAGAGGAUGAGUUAGUGUCAUUAUCUGCAGCCUGGGAUAUGGACGAUAAGGAAUCUAAGGGCGAUGAUGAUGCUGAUUCGAAAUUAAAUCUAAAUGAUAACCUAUCAGACCAAGAAACUAGUGCCUCAGAAGAGUCCUCGAGCGAAGAGGAAGAAGUCAGCGAAGAGGAAGAUCCAUUUGCAGAUAUUUCUGAAGACGAGGAUGAGACAAACCUAAGUAAUGUUGUCACUUUACUAAACAAAGAUAAAGACAAGAAACAGAUGAAAAAACUUGAGAAUUAUACUGUUGGAGAGGAAAACGAAUUUGCUCUUCCAACCAAUAAAUCUGGUGAUAAGUUAGAUAUUUCUGCUAUGUUGGCUGCUGUCGAUGACCCAUUAGUAUCGCAAAAGGCUAGUCUACUGAAAGGGAAGCAAACUGCCUUGGCUACUCCUCUACCGCAAAGAAUUCAAAAGAGGUUGGAAAGAAAGGCAGCAUAUGAAAUCUCCAAGGAUGAAGUUAAUAAAUGGCAGGAUGCAGUUCAGCAUUUAAGACAAGCAGAACACAUAUCAUUUCCUUUGAAUCCAGAAACUCAACAUAACGAAUCGAAUGUCUUCAUCAAGGAACAGCCUAAUGUUGAAACUGAAGUGGAAUCCAAGGUCUCAGCAGUACUAGAAAAGAGCGAUCUGGCUGCUCCUUUGAAAGAAUCUACUUUCGAAGAAAUUGAGACUGCUAAGAUGACGCCUGCCGAAAUGAAGAAGAGAACAGCUGAAUUGAGACUCAUGAGAGAAUUGAUGUUCAGAGAAGAAAGAAAGGCUAAGAGAAUAAAGAAGAUAAAGUCAAAGGCAUAUCGCCGUAUAAAGAAGAAAGAAAUGCUUAAAAAUCAAGAAUUUAUUGAGUCAGAUGAAAGUGACACUGAUCAUGAUAUAGCAAGAGCUAAGGAAAGAAUGACGUUAAAGCACAAGACACAAGGAAAAUGGGCUAAGGAUAUGAUCAAGCAUGGUAUGACUAAGGACAAAGAAACAAGGGAAGAGAUGGAAGAAAUGCUAAGGCAAGGUGAAAGAUUGAAGGAAAAAAUUCUUGGCAGAGACGGCGAUGAACAGAGUGCAGAUGAAGACAUAGAUACACUAGAAGCUGACGGGAAUGAUGCUGAUUCGGAGGAGGAAUCCUCGGCCAGAGAAAAGGUUGGUAAAACCGGUGUUCUCAAUAUGGCUUUUAUGCGGAAUGCAGAAGCGAGGGAAAAAGAGGCUAAUGAAGAACAGCUAAAGGCACUUAGAGAUAUGGAAAGAAAUGGUGAAGCUGACAUUUUCGAUGCUGGUGAGAAUAGCAAUGCUAACAAGACUUUGAACCAAGGUAGAAGAGUAUAUACACCAGGAACCGCUGAAUCCCGUGAAGAAUUGACCAAGUUGAAUAAUGAAAUUGCGGAGGAAAUUGAAAUCGAUCAAUCAAAAUCACUAGUCAGUCGUUUAUCUAAGGAUCAAAAGAAAUCUAACUCCAAAUCAAAGUCAACUAAGAAAGACUCAUCCAGUGAAACCGAUGUAAAUGCUAAUCCAUGGUUGAAUGAUAGUGAUGAUGAAAGUAAUGUCAAAAAAUCAUCCAAGGUUCACGUAGUUGAUCAAGACAGUUCCCAGUUAUCUAAAGCUGCGCACAAGAUCAGAAAAGAGAUGGUAAAACAAAGCAAGAAGAAACCCAGUUCCACAAAAGAUGAAGACGUUCUACUUGAUCUUGAGGAUAGCAACACUUUGAACAUCGUUGAUGCUUAUGGUGGUUCUGAUGAUGAAACUUCUACAAAUACCAUGUUUAAACAACAAGAGGUCAUAGCCGAUGCAUUCGCUGGGGACGAUGUUGUUUCUAAAUUUGAAGAGGAAAAAAGGAGAGUCGCUGUUGAUGAAGAUGAUAAGGAAGAGGACGUCACAUUGCCUGGCUGGGGUGAUUGGGCCGGUGCUGGUGCUGAAACCAAAAGAAAGCGGAAAUUCAUCAAGAAGACGAAAGGUGUGGUGGAAAAAGACAAAAGAAGAGACAAAUCAUUGAAGAACGUCAUCAUAAAUGAGAGAGUUAACAAAAAGAACUUAAAAUAUCAAUCGUCCUCUGUCCCUUUCCCAUUCGAAAGCAGAGAACAAUACGAAAGAUCUUUAAGAAUGCCACUAGGGCAAGAAUGGACUUCCAGAACAUCUCAUCAAAAGAUGAUAAAGCCAAGAAUUUUGACCAAGGGAAGUACAGUUAUAGACCCAUUAAAAGCGCCUUUCAAAUAG